AUGAGGGGAUUCAAGCGGUGGAUGAGGGCACAGGGAUUUGAGUACAGCGACGCCCUGGAGCUGGUGGACUCCCCAGACGAGGGGAUCUCCGUUAGGGCCCUCCGCGAUCUCCGGGAAGGGGACGCGGUGGCGACCAUCCCUAAGCGCGCCUGCCUCACGAUCAAGAACUCUGGCGCACGGCGGAUGAUCGCGAAAGCCGGCCUGGAGGGGCAUUUGGGGCUCUCCUUGGCCGUCAUGUACGAGCGCUCGCUGGGGAUCGCCUCUCCCUGGCACGGAUACCUCCAGAUCUUGCCCGAGAAGGAGUGUGCUCCGCUGGUCUGGUCCGGCGAAGAGAUCGACGCUCUUCUCUUCGGCACAGAGCUUCACAAGGUGAUGAUAAUGAUGCUGAUGAUGACGAUCUCAGUCCGCAUCUUCUGAAUUAGUGGAUUAUGAUCUCUCUGUGUUGCAAUGUGAGCCUCAUCAUCGCCUGUUGGUACCUCUCUCUAGGCAGAUUGUGAAGGAAGACAAGAAGCUCGUCCAUGAGGAUUGGAAAGAGUUCAUCGAGCCGCUCAUUGAAGCCGGAGACUGGGGGCUGAACCCGAGCGCCUUCGGCGUUGACCAAUACUUCUCGGCGAAGACGCUCGUCGCAUCUCGAUCCUUCGAAAUCGAUGCCUAUCACGGUUAUGGGAUGGUUCCCUUUGCAGAUCUGUACGCAUAUAACUUGAGGAAUCCUCUGUUUCAUCCAAUUGAUUUCCUGUUUGAUCUUGACUAAUUUCGGUGCUGGAACUUUCUGCAGCUUCAAUCACAAGACUGGCCUCGAGAAUGUGCAUUUCACCGCUCCAUCCUCUUCCUCUAGCUCCGAUGAUGACGAUGACGACGAUGACGACGAUGACGACGAUGACGACGAUGACGUCGAUGACGACGAUGACGACGAUGAGGAUGACCAUGGCCAUGAGCACGACGACGACGACGACGACGACGAUGAGGACCAUGACGAUCAUGAUGUAGAUGAUGAUGGCAAAAUGGAGAUGGUCAUCGUAAGAGGCGUUGAAGCAGGAGAUGAGGUAUGAUUACUUAAAGAAAAAUUAGGAACUGAGAACGAACAGUAAAUAAACAAAUGGAUUGGAUGGGAAUCUGAAGAAAGAAAAAUUGGCCCUUCUUCAGCCGUAGGAAGAUUAAAUUUCAUCAUUAGUUCUUCUCAUGAUCGCAGGUGUUCAACACGUACGGAUCCAUGGGGAACGCCGCACUGCUCCACCGGUACGGUUUCACGGAGAUUGACAACUCCUUCGACAUAGUCAACAUCGACCUGAGCCUGGUCCUCCAGUGGAGCUCGAGUUCGUUCUCGAGCCGCCACACCAGAGCGAGGCUGUCGCUGUGGAGACGGCUGAGCUUCUCCGGCUGCGCGAGCCAGAACUCCGAAUACUUCGAGAUCUCCUCCGAGGGGGAGCCGCAGCUCGAGCUCCUCGUCCUGCUGUACAUCAUCUUCUUGCCGGAGGAGGCGUACGAGAAGCUGAACCAGGCCGCGGAUUGCUCUACAGACGCCGGGGAUGCGCAGGACGAUGACGAUGAUGAUGAGGACGCCGGGGGCAAGGCGGCGGCGGAGGUUGUGAUCUUGAACACGGCAGGCGGCGGCGGCUGUGGCGGCGGGGGGAGGAGGAGGAGCCGGUGGAGAAGCGAUCCAGAUCCGAGAGGGUUCUUCCUGACGGAGGAGGUCUGCGGAGGGCUCCUAGGGCUUGCGGAUGCCAGAGAGGGCCUCUACGGGACGGAGUCUUUAGAAGAGGACGUGGCCAGGCUGGGGAGUUGCCGCCGGGUGAAGGAUAGGAAGCUUCACGACUCUCUGGUUCUGCGCGUGGCGGAGCGGAGGAUACUGCGGAAGCUCAGGGCUUACGCCUCUGGGAGGUGGAAGACGAAGAGGAAGAAGAGGGAGGAGCUGGAAGAACCGUUGAGGGGGCGUCAUAUGACGUCAUUAUGA